AUGAGAUCUUUUGUGAUCGCGGUCGCAGUUCUUGCUUUUGCCGCCGCUUUCGCGGAAGCAGGUGUCCUGGUGCAAGAUGCUCCCUCCUGUCCGGAGCAACACGGAGUGCAAGCCUAUGCCCAUCCGGAGUCUUGCAACCUGUUCUUCCUCUGCACCAACGGCACUUUGACAGUUGAAACCUGCGAGAACGGCCUACUAUUCGACGGCAAAGGCAACGUCCACAACCACUGCAACUACAAUUGGGCAGUGGAUUGCGGACACAGGAAAGCGGAUCUGAGUCCCAUUAGCAGUCCAGGAUGUGAAUAUCAGUUCGGGAUUUACCCGGAUGGUAGCGCCUGCUCUGUCCACUACAUCAAGUGUUCUUUCGGCGAACCUAUUCCCAACCAAUGCGAACCAGGUUUGGUUUACGAUGAACGCAUCCAUGGUUGCAAUUGGCCAGAUCUUCUCUUGGAGACUUGUAACCCAGAAGCCGUUGUAGGCUUCAAGUGCCCCACCAAAGUGCCGUCUCACAGUCCAGCUGCCAAGUUUUGGCCAUACCCGCGAUUCGCUGUACCUGGGGACUGUCAUCGUCUCAUAACCUGUGUCAACGGAUAUCCCCGUCUGAUCACGUGCGGCGAGGGAAAAGUACUCGACGAAUCGACUCUUACGUGUGAGGAGCCUGAGCACGUGCCUCACUGUGCUAACAGGAUCAGGAAAUAAGAAGGCAUGAAGGAGGGGUGAAGAGGGUUUGACAGAGAUAUAAUGAGGGAGUUUCCCUCAAACGAAUAAUCACUUGUAAUACCACUAGAGGUCGAAUUAUUUUCGGAAAUUUUUGUUCGAGCUCAUGGAUGUUUUGAAAAUUAUUCCAAGUCGAAGACGAGGGAUAAUUUUCGAAAUAAUCAAAAAAAAAAUUGAUGCAUAUUUACCGUUCAAGAGUAAGUAUAUCUCUUACAAAUUCUACAUGGUAUCUGCUUCUGUUUAGUACUAUUUUCGAUUAAUGGCUCUCAUAUCAUCAAACUAGGAAAUUAUCGAAAUUAGUUUUUAUUUUGCUACACAAAGUUAACUUUCAUUGAAAAUGCAUCUCGGAUGUAUCAAUGAGAUAGAUUAUAUUAAUCUAUUUCACGACAUGAUCUACAUUACAUGAUAUGCCACUUUUUUUAUAGAAUUGUAAUGGAUAUAGUGAAACAUUUUGGCACUAACAACAAAUCAAUUGAUGGCUCAUCUAUCAAUAUCCUUCAAAUACCUUUGAUGACCAAAAUAUGAUAAUAUCAAAUAAAUCUACAAAUUGAAUCAGAGCUCUUAUUUAAUUUUCUCAAUCUAAUUUCAUAUAGUUCUUAUCCAUAUGACUCGUGUUUUCUGAAGUAUAAUCCAAUCCCAAUUCCAACUAAAUUGCGCCUCUUCAUGAAAGCUAUUCAAUAUCUGAUUUGAUAAUUGAUUCUAAAUAUUCGUUUCUCACCAUGAUAGCUAUCACUAAAUUUAUGGCUACUUCGAUUACCUAUAAUUUAAGUUAUGUAUAAGAUAGAAU